UGAGACGCUCCCAGUGUUUGCACAACAGCGAACGGUUCGGUUGGAAGUUAGGACGCUCGCUGACCGAAGCAAUGUCCCCAGUUCUGCAUCUCCUGUGGGCUCUAAUGGUCCAUUUACCAGGUAUCCUGGCGGUCCCAGUCCUCAAACAGACCCCAGUGUCCGGUCCUGUCUCCGCGGGACAGACUGCCCGUUUAGAGUGCCGGCUACAGAACGGAAACGUUGGAAGUUACGCCUUUGGGUGGGACCGACAUCGUCCCGGGAAGAGACCGGAGGGGGUGAUUGGUCAUAGCACGGGUAAUAGCAUUUACAGAGGACCCGGCAUCACCGAACGUUUCCAACCGUCCAGAGACACCUCCGCCAACAGUCACAUCCUGACCAUCGGCAGCUUGGAGCCCGGCGACUCGGCCGUCUAUUACUGCAGAGUGUGGGAAAGUGGUGUUGGUUGGUUCUACGGACCGGGGACGAUGCUGGAGAUAAAGAGUAGCGAGAGCAGAAAGCCCUCGGUUCUCCUGCUUCCUCCCUCCCCGGAGGAGACCGGCUUGGGUUCCGCCACUCUAUCCUGCCUCGUGAGCGGCUUUAAGCCGGGCUUGGUCGAGCUGCGCUGGAGCGUGGAUCGCGUGGAGACGGACAGUGGCGUGACCACAGGCGCCGUGUCCACGGACACCGACGAGACCUACAAGCUGAGCAGUUACCUGCGGGUUCCCGCCGCUGCCUGGAACAAGGGCUCAAUCUAUUCCUGCAGCGUGAGCCACAGCUCGCUGAGCUCGCCUUUGCGUAACACCAUCUCUUCGUCCGCCUGUGCGCAGUGAGAGUGUGCCGGCUGGCAGCUCACGAAUACAGUGUAACCCGCACUGGGGCUGUGCAGUCGCCUUCUGCAAUGUAGUUCUGUAGCAAAUAUCCAUUUCUGGGAACACGAAAAAUGUUUAAUAAAUGCAGAGAUGUAUGUUUUGAUCGCCAAUCGUUUGGUACACGUAUUCCUAUGUCGAAUGUUUCUCACUAUGCUGUGUCUGAACUUCUGCUGUUUGUAGAAUGGGGAGAUAUUCACCAGGAGACGAUGACUGUAUUGUAAUUGAAUUUUGUAACACAGCACCUAAUAAAGAGGCAAUUCAGC